AUGAUAGAUACUGAUAGCAACCCUUCCUUGGUGCAAGUCGAAGUCCCCUGGAUCGAAUUUGAAACCCUUCAUGAAGCAUUCGUCGAUUGUGGACCAUAUAUGGCAUGCCAUGUUCUCAGACAUUCACGAGACCUGAGACCAGAAAAUAACCCAUUGGAUCUCAACAACUUUCCUGAUGAGUGCUCUAGAGAUGGUAAACAACUCCUCCAGGAUAGUUCCUCAUCUGCAGGGUUCAGGAGAAAGAAAGACAGCUUGAAGGAUGAUGAGAGUGAGAAGGUCUACGAGUGUAGAUUUUGUUCCCUUAAGUUCUGCAAGUCACAGGCUCUUGGGGGACACAUGAACCGCCACCGCCAAGGCUAG